AUGAGGAAGAAGCGCCGCGUGAAUUGGGCGGACGCCUACGAAACGCCCUCGUUGCGCGGGAGUUUGGGGGGUGUCGCGCGUUUGGCGCAAGCGCACGGCGUGCCGGUGUCGCGUGCCCGGGCGAAAUUGCAAGGGUUGUUGAGUUACACCUUGCAGAAACCGCGACGACGCCGGUUCCCGACCUUACCGGUGGUGGUACAUGGCAUGGACGACCAAUGGGUCGCCGACCUGGUGGAGAUGCAACCGUUGAAAAAAUGGAAUCGGGGGAUGCGCUAUUUGUUGACGGUGAUCGAUGUCUUGUCCAAGUACGCGUGGGUGGAACCGUUGAAGAGCAAGACGGGCGUGGCCGUGGCCGCGGCGUUCGACCGGAUCCUGAAACGCGCCCGAGGACGCCACCCCGUGCGAUUGCAGACGGAUGCCGGCAAAGAGUUUUACAACCGUACGUUCCAGGCCCUGAUGACGCGUCGCAAGAUUCAUCAUUUCUCGACGUACGGGGAUACCAAAGCGUCGGUGGUGGAACGAUUCAAUCGCACCUUGAAAGAACGCAUGUACCGGUACUUUACCGCUCGCAACACGUACCGGUACGUGGACGCGUUACCCGCGUUGGUGCAGGGCUACAACGUGACCAAACACCGUAGUAUCGGCAUGGCCCCUCGUGACGUGACGUGGGCCAACCAACGCCAAGUGUGGCAACGGUUGUACGGCCAUCGUCUGGCGCGUCGCGUGCGCCCUAAAUGGAAAGCCGGGGAUCGUGUGCGGUUGCAAAAACAACACCGUCCGUUCGAGAAAGGCUAUCUGCCCGGGUGGACCGAAGAGGUGUUUCUCAUCGACCGGGCCGUGCCGGGCCCCGUGGCUACCUAUAAAAUCAAGGAGUGGGACGGGACGCCCGUCAAAGGCACCUUUUACGAGCAAGACGUGCAGAAGGUCGACGUGCCGGACGACGCGCUGUUUCGCGUGGAAAAAGUGUUACAGCGUCGACGCCACGAGGUCAAGGUGCGUUGGAAAGGCUGGCCGAACAAAUACGACAGUUGGAUCCCCAAACGUAGUCUGGCCUCCCUAAAAUGAGUCGUCCGUGGUGGGACAAGUGGGCCAGUCCUACCAAGGAGCAAUGGGCCUACGCCAAUGCUUACCAUCGUGCGGAAGAGUAUGCCAAGAAACGGGGUGCCCUACGGUCCCCACCCAAGAAACAACCACCGGGUCGUCGAGUCGCCUUGAUGCCCGCCCCCGUGGCGGGACCGUUGGCGGCGCCGUUUGGGCGUAGGCAGAGUACCCCGCUCCCUAGCCAAAAGACCUGGAUGGAGAUGAUGGAACGGUUGGAGACCAAGUACGGCCCCAAGAAGGGAAAGAGGAAGAAGAAGAAGGUCCGGAGGAAGAAGAAGGUCAAGAGGGUCAAGAAGAAGCGACCCUCCAAGAAGGCUCAGCGUGCGUUCCGGGCUAAAUUGCGAGGCAUGGUCAAGCGCGGGAAGAGCGUCAGUUUGGACACGACCUUGCGCCGAUUGGUGCAAGCCUUUCCCCAGGCCGAUCAUACCUUAAAAGUCUGGCCCAAACGUUCCAGUUUGCAUAGCACCGUAGGCCGGGUACCCGGAUCCAAGCGUAAAUUGGCGACGUUCCUAUAAAAAAGGAGGUGCCGACCCGACAGGACCACACGCGAGAGAUGGAACCGUCGAGUCGGUCGCUGUACGUCACGCUGCUGAGUAACACCAGCAAGCCGGAGUUUCCCCACAAUACCCCGGCCUCGUUCAAGGUGCGAUUGCCGUACCCGUUACGCGUCAAGAAUUGGCACGUGGGUGUGGCUGGGGUCUACUUACCCGGACCCCCCAACACGGUGUCGCAUGGGGUGACGUCGCAUCCCGUGACGUCCACCCCCACCGCGCCGGUGGCGCCUCUCACGGAACAUCGACAAUCCAAUUUGUUCAGGGGAUCGGAAAACCAGAAAUUGGUGCGCAUGUAUUCCCGUGCCAUCAAGAUAGUCGAUAAUACCAGGACCCAAGAGAUCACCAGUACCAUGGAAGACGCCGACAUGCCCGAAGCCGCCACGGGGGUGGUGUUUAUGAAAAAAGUGUUCCGUUGGUUGCGACAAGAUACGAUGAAGAAACUCUAUACCGGGUAUAACUUGAGUACCGCUUCGGUGGAUUAUGCGCCUCGCUACGAAUGGAAGGACGAGGCGGGGGUGCCGACGUUCUGGAUCCUGAAUGCCAAGACGAAUGUGUCGUUCAAUAAAUCGCGCCCUUACCUGGGGUUCAAUCUGGUGUUGGCCCAACAAAUGGGAUGGGUGGUGAAAACAGAGGACGGGGCGUAUGCGCUGGGACCCAAUUUGUUGAUGCAUCCCCUGUUGAGCCAACCCAAGAACCCGAAGAUCGCGGCGUCCGCGGAUACCAAUCAAUUGGUGGACUUUACGGAUUACGUGCAGGUGAACCGAGGCAUGGUGUAUCUGUCCAUGGUAAUGGAUUGGCAGUUUGUGAAUUUGGACGAAGCCUAUGCGCGGGCCACCACGCACGUGUACGUGCCUCCCAAGGUCCUGUGGAAUCAUUUCCGAUGGAUCAUGGAGGACGAGAGCGUGUGGACGAAAGAGGCGGGGAUUAAGUCCUUGGGGUUUGUCAAUCUGGAAGGCUCCCCCCAUUAUUGGAAGAAGAAGACCAUGGGCAUGACGUUGACGAAAAGCGGCAACAAGUACGAACCCAAGUUUCGUUGGACCAUCGGCACCACCAAGCUGAAAAGGGGACUCACGUAUCGAAUCAUCGUCGAGAUCUACACGACCGACAAGGUCUUGUUCGACAAGACGAGUGUGAGUGCCUACACGAGUUUCUACACGCGCAAUAUCGAUUCGGCGGUGACGACGCACGUGCACGAAUACCUGGGCACGCACAUGGUGUAUUACCAUCGCCUCGUGCAAGAUUUUCGGCUGACGGCCCAGUCGGACCAUUCGUCCCGGCUGCACGUCACGGUGACCAUCGCCGACGUGCCCACCUCGUACCCGGCCACGUUGACGGAUCAAUGUUACGUGGUGGUCUACGGGUACACCAUCGGGGCGCCGUGGCCACCCCUGAGUCAAGUCGACGACGUGUACGACGCUCAUCCGGUCAUUCGACGAGACACCACCACCACGUCGACCAGCAGCACCACCGAAACGACCAGCAAGCCCACGCAUACGGGGAGUCAAGACAAACAGAAAAAGACCACGGUGACGCCCGCGACGCACGGGGAGCCGGCCACGCGUCCGGUGCACCUGUAUUGCAACGUGGGGGAAAGCAGCAUCGUGGGCACGCAGAUCACGAACUUCUUGCGAGACCUCCCCUAUAAAGACCAACCCAUCCGGUGGGAACCGGAACACGUACAGUAUCACCGGGUGCGUGGAGACACGCUGGAGAUUCUGGAAGUGGAAGUGGCCGAGACGAACGGUCAGUUGAUGACCUUGAACCCGGCGGGUGAGACGCAAGUGACGUUGCAUUUCCAGGCAUGAAUCGGAUCGUGUUGGUCAGUGAUCCGACCAAAGAGUUUGCCACCAACACCACCAGUUCGUUCAAAGUGCGCCUGCCCGUGCCGUUGGAAUUGAAGGGGGAAGGAUGGAAAGUGGGGCUGGCGGCCAUCUCCACCCCGGACGCCAACUUGGACUUGUCGAGACUCACGAAUGCCGUCAACCCACGUGUGCUCAUCGUAGGUUGCAAGUUGGCGGACAAUUUGACGGACCCGGGCCCGGUCCACCAUCGGGUCACCAUGCAGAUCAGGGAUAUCUUGCACGAUCCCGGCGUGGUGGAUGGGGUGAGUCUGAUGAAAGUCCUUAUACGAAAAUCGCAGUUUUACGAGACGAAAGAAGCGCAAGCCAAGGGGAAACGACUCUACGACCGGUUUCGGGUCACGUACGACUGGGACGGCGAGGACCUGCGCAUGCUGGCCAAGGACUUGAACGACAUUGCGUUGACGACCGGCUCGGCGUUCGUGGAAUGGUACGUCCACGUGAGCAUGGCCAAGUUGAUGGGGUGGUUGGUGGAGACGAAAAAGGACACGUACGCCUUGGGACCCAAUCUCCGUUACGAACUCCCCUACAAGACGCAGAAGACGGGGAAUUAUUACAAAGACAUCAAGAACACGGAGCUCGACCGGCACGACCUUUGGAAAAUGGAAGGGGGUCUCUUGCAGUUGAGUCAGUGCCUCAAUUGGCACUUCACCAACUUGAACGUCGCGUUCCGAAACGUGGUGGGGGAACCCUCGCGCACCUUCCUGGUCUACUCGGACCUGGUGGACAGCAAUAUCGUCGGGGGCCAACAACAUGCGCUGGUGCGCGAAGUGGAGUACCGGCGCCUAGGCCAGGGCGUGGCCUACUUUGAACCCUUGCACAUUCAAUGGUUACCGUGUCGGCGCGAGUACAUGGACCUCGUGGAGGUGCAAAUCGCCGAGAGUCACGGAGGGUUGGUCCAGUUCGGCACGGGACGCACCCUGGUCACCUUCGUGUUCCAACGCGACGUAUAA